UAACAGAAGGCUGCGCUAUGAGGAAGGCGGUGCACAAAUGCACAAUAAAUAUUGUGAAACAUGGCAUCAUGUGUUGAACGGGAGGAUGAUAUUUCGUGUCUCCGUCAGCAGCUUACAGUUGCCAGAAAUGAAAUUAAUAAUUUAAGGCAGCAGAUACGCUCACUGAGUAUUUUACAAAGGAAGGAAGUUGACAAUAUUCAUAAUGUAUUGGAAACAUGGCAGUGCAGUGGUUGUAGGGAGGCGACAUCACAAAGCAAUGUGCCAGAUGAUAGCUUAACAUUACACCCAAUUGGUACCAUCUCUACUUGGUUUCCAGCCAAAAGAGGAACACCACGACAGCCUGGUAUUUGUGCAAGCAGCCGAGGGAAACUAACACUUUCUAAUACAGUCUUCACAAAUCCUGAACAUGCCCUAGAAGGAUUGGAAGAAUUCUCACAUAUGUGGAUUCUCUUCCAUUUCCACAAAAAUGACUCUACUCACAUCAGAGCAAAAGUAUCACCUCCCAGAUUGAACGGAGCACGUUUAGGAGUGUUUGGGACUCGUUCACCACAUCGACCUUGUCCAGUUGGGCUUUCUCUUGUCUGCAUUGACCGUGUUGAAGGCUCGUCUGUUUAUUUCUCAGGAGUAGAUAUGGUGGAUGGGACACCAGUAUUGGACAUAAAACCAUACAUUCCACAGUAUGACUGCCCUCUAGAGUCUAUGCCUGGCAGCACUGAACUGCGGUUGAUGGAUGGCUGUGAAAGUGAAGCAGAUACAUCGUUAAUGGUACCAGAAGGAGCUGCAGACAGUAUUUCAGUUGUGUUCCCGUCACACACUGAACGUAUGGUGGCCGAGGGGGUAACUGCUCCAGCUCCCACGGCACGAAUGGGAGAGAGAGAGGCUCCAGAUGGAGAAGAAGAAGCAGCAGAUACUUCUCAAUCAGCUGGCAGGAUGGCUGCAAGGGAUGUAGUGCGUGUUCCACAGUGGGUCACCCAUUCACCAACUCCAGAACUGAACGUAGCUUUCAGUGAAAGAGCUCGUGCUCAGUUGGAGAGCUUAGCAGCAGAAACUGGUUCUGAUGGGACAGGAGCCACAGCAGAAACGAUUGCAGCAGUGCUGCGGGAGGAUCCUCGUUCUGUGUAUCUACGUCGGCGUUGGGGAAGCCAAUUCUACACUUUCCUUAUAGCAGAUCUCCAUGUGAGUUGUAAAUUUGAUGAUUCAGCGCAUACAGUGAAUGUUUUUCAGGUGCGUCCAGCAGGGAAAAUGUGUGAAUGUGGCCAUCUCGAAUGGCAAUGCAGUUUACAUGGCACAACCUCGGAAUAGACACUAUCUUCUUCUGAUUGGACAAGAUGUGAAAAGGCUGUACAGGUGCAAUGUAACUCAUUAGUUUAAACUGAAUUGUGCUUCCUAUUGACUACAGAGCUCUUUCUUAUGUUGUUUUCUGGUAAGCAGCCUGGCAAUUGUGUUUUAAGAGUAUUGUUGCACAUGUGUGCCGAUUUGACCUUCACUGUGGAAUGCCAUGUAUUUGCCAAACACAACAACAUUGCUGUUGUGCUUCUGCGGUACAGACACAAAUUUAAUGAAGUAGUUGGACUUUUAAUUUAUUAUUGAAGAUUAUCUUCAAAGGCGUAAGAACUUUGCACUUCUGUAAAAAUACGGCACUGUUGUAAACUAUGUAAAAAUAUUAUGGAAUCAGAUAAAUAUUAAAUAUGUUGAUUAUGCAGUUAU